GGCGUCUACGUGGUGAGGUUUGGAACCUCUAACCUGGUUGUACACCUAUCACCAUGGUUGAGACCCGCACUGGGAAGGAGACUAAUUCCUACACCCCUGAGCAGCAAACAAAGAUGGCCGCCUUAGUGAAAGAGAACAAGGAGAGAAAAGAGCGCGAGAAGCAAGCGAAGCUAAAGGCUAUCGCAGAUGAGCAGGCGACGAAGAUGAAGAGGUUGGAGGAGGAGAUGAAGAGGGUACAACAGGAAGAGGAAGAAAGAAGGAAGGCUGCUGAAGAAGAAGCGACAGCAGAAGAAGAGAAAGGGAGAAUGAGAAUUGAGAGUGGAGAAGGGAGUAGUGGUGACACAAUGAAGUGGGAGACAGAUACGCAGCUGGAGAAGAAGAUCAGCGAGUGGGUCGCUAAUUUAUCGUUGGGGGAAGACGAGGAGGCGGAGUCCUAUGUAACUAAGGAUGAGAAGGCUGCGCUGGCCGCUGAGCUAGCAGCCAUGACAGACCCGAUGGAAAUAAGAGAGAGGGAAGACGAGCAAAAGUUAGCAUGGAAGCAGAGAAUGAAGAGGGAGAAGAAGAGGAGGACAGAGGAAGUGAAUAAGAUGACCGCAGCAGUGGCAAAGGUGCAGGAGUGUAGAGCAGAGGUGCUGGCCCAGCCAGAUGAUAAGGCCAAGUGGGACAAAGUAUUGGGCUACCUAGAGGUGUUGAGCAAGGCCUGGAUGGAGGAGCGCCAGGCCAGCUGGAGCCAAGACGUCGAGUUGAGUGCCAUGCGGUCCGGUUUCAUGGAUUUCGUGCGCGAAAUCGUCACCCACAUUGGGGGCGAAGUCAAACAGUUGAGGGACAAUGUAGGGAAGUUUUGUGAGGGCGCCAUUCAGGGUGCCAAAGUUGCAGCCGCUGUAGAAGAAGAGGCCAGACCCCGUAAGGACCCAGUGGAACUUAAGUUCCCAGACGCUAAGACCGUCCAGGAGCAUCAGGGUCAUCUGACGCAGGUCUUGGAGAAGCUUAGAGAGGCUAACUUCAAGAUCAACGCGAAGAAGUGCGAGUGGGCCAAGACGCAAGUUUUGUACUUGGGCCACGUGUCGGACGGAGAUGGCAUUAAGCCAGAGGACAGCAAGAUCGCGGCGAUCRGAGAUUGGCCGACGCCCCGCACAUUGACAGAGUUGCGGUCGUUCCUAGGCUUAGCUAACUACUAUAGGAAGUUCGUAAGGAACUUCUCUACUAUCGCCGCUCCCUUGCGCAGGUUGCUCAAGAAAGAGGCAAUCUGGCAAUGGGACAAAGACUGUACGUCUGCGCUUAAGAAGUUAAAGCGCACGUUAAUAGAAUAUCCUAUCCUCAAAGUCGCAGAUCCGUCCUUGCCAUUUGUCGUUACCACGGACGCAAAUCAGUAUGGGAUAGGCGCCGUAUUGCAGCAAGACGACAGCAAUGGCUAUAGACCCGUAGAGUUCAUGUCAGCGAGGAUGCCCUGUGAAAAGGUUGCUGCCUCCACGUACGAGAGAGAACUCUACGCUCUCAUGCAGGCUUUAGAUCAUUGGAAGCACUAUCUGCUUGGGAGGCACUUCAAAGUGUAUUCUGACCAUGAGACACUUCGUUGGCUAAAGACACAGGCCAAGAUGACACCUAAGUUGACUGGGUGGGCCGCAGAGAUAGACCAAUUCGACUUUGAGCUCAAGCCAGUAAAGGGCAAAUACAACGUAGUUGCGGAUGCUCUGAGUAGGAGAUCAGACUACUUUGGAGCCGUAGUACAUUAUCUGGAUAUAGGGAGAGAUCUGCAGGAGAAGUGAAACAAGCGUAUACGCAGGACCCUAUCUAUAGCAACCUCCUAAAGAGAGUUAGAGAGGCCCCAGAGACCGAACCAGAUUACCGCACUACAGCGGGUUGCUGUUUGAGAAGACUAAUGUGUUUGACCGCCUGUGCGUUCCCAACAGCGAAGAGAUUCGUAGUCURAUYCUAGGGGAAUGUCACGAUACUGAGGGACACUUCGGUUGGCAAAAGACGUUAGCCAAUCUGAUGCGUGCGUACACAUGGCCAGGGAUGAAAAACGACUACAUAGAGUAUGUCCACAGUUGCAAAGUUUGCCAGCGAAACAAAUCUACUACACGCGU